CGAUCUUCCGAGAAACCCAAGAAGGUGGUGGCUCCGAGGACCAGGCCGAAGCUCACCCUUGGUCUGCUUCUUUCCGAUGAUGGCCUCUGCUAUGUCCUUCGUCACUUCCCUUGCUCCUUCAAGUAUCGCGGCCGUGGUCACGAGGUUAGAGAUUUGGGGAAUCUAAUUGGGAUGUCUAGUGAAUGGCACUCUCGUUUGCUACCUUAUUAUUCAUUUGAUCAGUUUGUACACAAGGUGGAACAAGUUGCUGCUACAAAACGUGUCAAGUUGUGUCUUAGAAAACUAAGGGAAAGAGUUGCUAGCGGAGGUGAUCCAACAAAGUUGCAUGAACCACCGGUUGAACCUGGCAGUACCCAGGAUAAACAAGACAUGAACUCCAAGGGACUAGGCAAUGAUCAGUCAGUUUCCCCUUCAAAGAAAAACGAUGCUGAAAAUAUACAGGAAGACAUGCUUGAGGACAUUUUUGAGAAAGCCGUUGACGAACCUUCACAGACUUUGCAGAGUGACGCGGUCCCUGCAGAAGAAUUACCAAACCAAGCUUCAAACGAUAAGAAUAGUGGCUCCAGCUCCAGUGAAAAUCAGAUCACAGAAGAACAGAAAGCUCGAAUGGAAGAUAACAGAUUGAAGGCACUGGAGAAAGCUGCGGCUCGGGCACGCUCAUUGCAGGUGUCUUGAUUUAAUCCUUUUUUUGUUUAUUUUUUUUUUGUUUUGGCUUCCAAACUUAAUUGUUACCUAUGUUCUACAAAAUCAACAAUUACAACUUGUUGAAACUUUAUUAAACUUUUAUUAG